AUCUGACGAGAGAGAGACAGGGACAGAGACAGAGAAAAAGAGUACGGUAAUAGACGGGCCCGUUGCUCUGCCAGUUUAACCACUUGGGUUUUCCAAAUUCCAUCACUUUCUCGAGAAAGUUCAAUUUUUGGAGCGAAACAAAGCGUUUCCCUGGAAACCCAGUUUGUCAGAAUACUGACAUGUAAACAGUUUCUCGUUUUCUUUAUAAAUUUCGUCUGAUGACGAUCGUGAACAUGUGCCGCUCCUUACCAGGAUCGUCGUGUCGACCAUUGGACCGAUGCUACCGCUUUCUUCCUUGUCUCUCCGAUCCCGCUCGGAGGUCGGCCUUGGGUUUAAAAGUUGCAUUGGUGAUGCUACAUCUGAUAUAUGUGGGCAUGCUUUUUCUGUUUGAUGGAGGAUUGAUAGAGAAAACUAAAAGAGAACCAUGGUAUACUGCUAUCUAUUUGACUCUCUUUGUUGCCACAUUGGUCCAAUACUUUGUUACUUCUGCUUCUUCUCCUGGUUUUGUCGUUGAUGCAAUGAGGGCAGUCAAUGAGUCAAAUACAAUUUUCAGAAAGGCAUUAGUAGCCUCAAAACAGCCUGCUUCAAGCAAAAAUGGAAACGUGGUUGUGACAGUGGAAGGGAGUCAGAUGGCAAGAAGUCUUCUUGGAAGUAAUGCAACAUCUUGGACCAAACUUGUGAUGGACUUGUAUCCCCCGGGAACUUCUGUUCGAAGUUUGACUUGCUCGUACUGUAAUGUUGAGCAGCCUCCCAGAUCCAAGCACUGUCAUGAUUGUGACAAAUGUGUUCUCCAAUUCGAUCAUCAUUGUGUUUGGCUUGGAACAUGCAUUGGUCUGGGUAAUCAUUGUAAAUUUUGGUGGUACAUUUGUGAAGAGACAUCAUUGUGCCUUUGGACUGGCAUCAUGUACAUCACAUAUCUGAAGGAAAAUAUAUCAAGUGCUUGGUGGAAGGAUGCUAUUGUGAUAUUGCUGUUGGUUACUUUGUCAAUUUCCAUUAUCUUUCUGCUUCUCCUGCUGCUAUUUCACAGUUAUCUUGUUCUGACCAACCAGACUACCUAUGAGCUUGUAAGACGGAGGCGCAUCCCAUAUUUAAGAGGAGUUCCCGAAAGAGUUUACCCUUUCAGUAAAGGAGCAUGCAGAAAUUUAUACGAGUUUUGCUGUCUUCAAAGCAGUAAAUACCGAAUGGAACGAUUACCCACAGCUCAGGAACUUGAAGAAAAGUCUAGACCUUACACCAUUUGUGAUGUUGUAACCUGUCGUUGUUGUUGCUGACAUUGUGAGCAAUUGUAUCAUUAAUUUGUAAUUUUUCCCCCAUGAAUAUAUUGGGAGCACCAUCUGGAGGCAUAUCUGCUGAUGCAUUUAAAAUAUGGCAACCACAGAUGGUUUAAGUUGGAACUGGUUGAGGCUCUAUAGUUUGUACUUCAUUUUAGGCUAGAUCUUUAGGCUUGAUAUACAGUCGGUUUUUUUACCAUAUUGUUUUUGCUGGAUAAAAGAUUCUGUAUUGUUUGUUCGUGUCAAUUUAUAUACAUGGCUGAGCUCUUCCAAUAA